CGGGAUUCGACGAGCUUGUUGCUUGCGGUCCGCGCGGCCCUCGUCGUCGUCGUCGUCGUCGCGGUCGUCUCCACCGACGUCGUGUCAGUGCGAUUCCGUUUCGCCGGUCGUCGGCAGUGGUGCGCGCGCGAUAUCUCCGUCGCGAGGACAACACAACCGGCGACGCGGUAACGGCGGCAACGAUGAUCGUAGCGCUAUGACCGUUCCGCCGCCGGUGGUCGGUUACCGGUUCCGCGGGAAAUCAAAAGCCGCAGCGCCGGUGCUACGGCGCCGUGCCGUGGCCGCGUCCGGAGCGCGCCGUCGUCCCGUAGUGACGUGUCCCGAACGCUGCGACUGUUGUUGCCGCCGCCGCCGCCGCCGGGCGCACCGGACCGGGUAGCAGUGGCGACGCGAGUACCGGACGACUGAUAACGGGCGGGAAGCGGAAGAGAAAACGCAGAAAACAGCACACCGGUUAUAGUGGCGUCGGAGCGGGUGCCGCAUGGCUGCGGUGGCCGGUCUGUACGGUUUCGGCGACGAUUCCAGAACGGUGGCCGCUCGGUUCGUCGAGAGACAGCGGCUGGCCAACAGGGAUUCGCCCACGGACACGUCGCUGCCGAAACUCAGUACCCAAGACGAAGACGGCUGUGGUCCAGGGGCAAGUCUUGGCACAGGCCUCACACACGGUCAUCCUCAACACUGUUCGGGGAGCUCAACAUUCGAACCGAUACCGCACGAUCACGACUUUUGCGAAAGAGUUACAAUCAACGUGAGCGGUAUGAGGUUCGAGACGCAACUGCGGACGUUGAACCAGUUCCCGGACACGCUGCUGGGCGACCCGUGCCGGCGGAUGCGGUACUUUGACCCGCUGCGCAACGAGUAUUUCUUCGACAGGAACCGGCCGACGUUUGACGCCAUACUGUAUUAUUACCAGAGCGGCGGCCGUCUGAGGAGACCGACCACGGUGCCGUUGGACGUGUUCUCCGAGGAGAUUAAGUUCUACGAGCUCGGCGAACUGGCCACCAACAAAUUCAGGGAAGAAGAGGGUUUUAUAAAAGAAGAAGAAAAACCACUGCCAAAACCCGAGUUCCAACGGAAGGUGUGGCUGCUGUUCGAGUACCCGGAGAGCUCGCAAGCCGCCCGGGUGGUGGCCAUCAUAUCCGUGUUCGUCAUACUGCUGUCCAUUGUGAUAUUUUGCCUGGAAACGUUGCCAGAGUUCAAACACUAUAAGGUGUUCAACACGACGACGAAUGGCACAAAAAUCGAAGAAGACGAGGUGCCCGACAUCACUGACCCAUUCUUCCUGAUCGAGACCAUAUGCAUCGUGUGGUUCACGUUCGAGUUGUCCGUCCGUUUUCUCGCAUGUCCCAACAAGUUGCACUUCUUCAAGGACGUGAUGAACACGAUUGACAUAAUCGCCAUCAUACCGUAUUUCAUCACGCUGGCCACGGUCAUCGCGGAGGAGGAGGAUCCCACGAUGAACCUGCCCAAGGCGCCGCAGAAUCCGCAGGACAAGAGCACCAACCAGGCCAUGUCAUUGGCUAUACUCAGGGUCAUCCGGCUCGUGAGGGUUUUCAGGAUAUUCAAAUUGUCCCGACAUUCCAAGGGAUUGCAGAUUCUCGGACGCACACUGAAAGCCUCCAUGCGAGAACUGGGAUUGCUCAUUUUUUUCUUGUUUAUCGGUGUGGUGCUAUUCUCGAGCGCGGUGUACUUCGCUGAAGCCGGCUCAGAGAAUUCCUUCUUCAAGUCCAUCCCGGACGCAUUCUGGUGGGCUGUUGUUACCAUGACGACUGUGGGCUAUGGUGACAUGACACCAGUGGGCGUGUGGGGGAAAAUUGUCGGUUCGCUGUGUGCGAUUGCCGGUGUGCUCACAAUCGCACUGCCCGUGCCCGUCAUCGUGUCCAACUUCAACUAUUUCUAUCACAGAGAAACUGACCAAGAAGACAUGCAAUCGCAAAACUUCAACCACGUCACCAGCUGCCCUUAUCUUCCUGGUACUCUAGGUCAACACAUGGUGAAAUAUCCAUCGGGCGGCGACUCGACGUCGGAUCUGAUGGACCUGGAAUCUGCCGACAAUUGUCUGCUGGACACGGAGCUGGACGAACCACCCUUGUCGUUGCCGCCGCCGCAGCAGCCUAAAAAGUUUAACAGCUGCGCCACCGUGGUCAGGCUCAACAACAACAGCAUCAAGAGGUUCAGUGUCGAAACUGACGUCUGACUAGCAGUAUUCAAAUUGCAAUCCGGCGGCCGUCCAGGUCUCCAAACGCCUUUAAGGUGCUGUGCUGUGAUAGCUAAGAUGUUUCCUUCGUUAAGUUACCUCCGACAAGUUUAAUUAUAAUAUUUUUUUAAGCGAAUAAUAACGAUAUUAAAAAUUGUACUCAAAAUGUCUCUCCUUUGAGGGGAUAAUUUUCUAACUGAGCCAAUAUAAUAUACAAUUUAUUAUUAUGAUCCAUAAUCGUUAAAAAAAAAAAAAAA